AUGAAGUGGGCUGAAUCAGAAACUUUAAAACUAGUGGAGCUUUACGGGGAGUUUCCGUGUAUCUGGGAUAUAAGUCACCGUGAUUAUAAAGAUAAGAACAAAAGGAAUGCUGCCUAUGAAUAUAUUAUUCGUGCAAUGAGCAAGGAAAAUUUUGGAGUUUCUGAAUUAAAACAAAAAAUCAAAAACCUCCGAUGUACUUAUAACCAAGAACGAAUCAAAAUAAAAAAAUCUCAAAAGUCUGGCAAUGGAAGUAACGAAGUUUACGUGCCUUCUUUAAAAUGGUACUAUGCAAUGGAUACAUUAUUAAAAUCUAUUACACGAAGCACCGAAACUCAGGAUAACUUUGAAGGAACAAUACAAUCUGAGAAAAUUGAAUCGAAAAAAGCAUUACUUUGUUCACGAUGCAAAAAAUAUUUUGAAUUUGACUGCACCGGUUACUCUGAAAAACUAUACUUGUUAAAAGACAUAGACUCGAGAAAAAAAAUGGAUGUGCAAAAUAUGCAAAGAAAACUCAAAGCCAAGUCACACAGAGCCUUCUUUCGUUACAACGAGGAAAAAACCAUUUACGCCAGAAAUUGCCAAGAAAAACUCACCCGUCGUUACGCAAAUGCCAAUACAGUCGACACCAAAAAACACAUCAUGCCAUUCUGA